GGUGCGCCAACGAGAACGCAUCGACGAGAAAUUUUGAUCAGAGUUGCGACGACAGUCCGAGAUUUUGGAGGAGUAUUUUGAAUUGCAGUGUUUUGAGGAUUUUUGAAACACUUUUUUCGAGUUUGUGGAGAAUUCUGUGAUCGGACGAGAGGAUUUGUGGAGCCAAACUGGAUUAAUUCAGACUUGUGGAUAUUUUUGUGAUAUAUUUUUUUUGAGGGGCUUUCGAGUUUAUGGAGUUGUGGAUUUUUUUGGAGUGAGUGAAGUCUGAGGGUGGAGGUUGUUCUGUGAGGAUUGAGGUGACGUGUGCUUUGGAUUUUGAUGCGAUGAGCGGCCACGUGGUUGAGAGUAGCUGCGAGUUCUCGGCGUUUAUGAAAGCAGGUGUAAUGGCGGGCACAGAACGCGACGCAGGUUUCUGCAGCGGUGGUGACGAGGACGACAUGUCAGGUCUCCACUCACCAAGUGCCUCUGAAGACAGCGUGGAAGUCCAGAUCUCCCCGAUCUCCUUGAGGAACAAGCGAAAAUUAGCGGAACCUCGAAAGCUCCAAGAGCAGUCGACAGCUCCCCUGAAGAAGCGUCGUUUCGACCUCAUCCAGGAGUCGUCAGCAGUCGUCGACGAGGAGUCAAGGCCCCCAAACACGCCAUCCCCAUCGCCUUUCCGUCCAUGGAGCAGUCCGGCCAAGCCGACAGAAUCCAAAACCCAAUCAUCCUCGAAGCCCUGCGAAACCUCUCGCAAAACGUCUGAGAAGUUCCUGACGACUGACCUAAGGAUUCAAGAGGAGAGAUGGCGGCAGGAGGAGGCGAGGAGACGUGCGGAGGAGGCACAGAGGCAGCACGAAGCGAGAAUCCAGGAGGAGGUGCUUGCAAGACUCCAGGAGUCCGAAGCGAGAAGAACAACAUCGCCUGUUUCAUCCCAGACAUCAAGUUCUUCUGUCGCGUCUUCACAGAGUCGGGAGAGGCAGAGGUUCCAGCCACCCCCGCCACCUCCACCUCCUCCAGCACCUCUCAGACUGCAGGAGGAACCUUUGGCGUUGGUUUUGAGGGGAGAACCUCCGAGAGUGCCGGCACAUCCAGCUGUCAACGGAAGCUUCGAGCGCAGUUCGACGUUCAGCAUGGUGGAGCCAACUUUCUCGGAUAGCUCCAGGGAUGGCAGUCAGAGGGGGGGUGAUCAGAGAAAUCAUCAGAAUGGUCAACAGAGAAACUAUAAGAACAUGACAAGGGAGAGGAGGAUAGAGGCCAAUGCCAGGGAAAGAACGAGAGUUCACACCAUCUCAGCUGCUUUCGAUACUCUUAGAAAAUCCAUCCCAGCUUAUUCUCAUAAUCAGAAGCUUUCGAAAUUGUCGGUUCUGAGGAUUGCGUGCAGCUAUAUCAUGACCCUGAGCAAAAUAGCCAACACCCCGGAGGGAGAGGAGACGACGAGCUCGGCCCUUGGCACCUGUGUUGACAUGGUCUCCAGGACGAUCCAGACGGAGGGCAAGCUGAGGAAGAAGAAGGAUGAAUAGGGUUCGGGUCUUUUGGUUUUCAAGGUCGGGGGAACUGGUGUCCUAGGCCGACGCAAGAUCACAAUGCUCAAUGACUUCGCCAAUCUUGCUGUUAGGGUUAAGAUUUUUCUCGAAUUUAGUUAAGGGGAUGUUUUGACAAUAGUUUUUAGGGCAGGGUGAGAGAAUCUGAAGACAAUAAAUGAAUUUUCUUUUUAAUUCUUUGGAAUUGGGAUCAUGUGUUUCUAAAGAAUCUGAGGAAAGUGGAGGGGAUUUGUGAUGUAAUAUUAAAAUUAAUUGAUAACUGAACUUUUGGAGUAUGUUUUAUGAGCUUUGUAGGAUUUACGAUUGGGUGAAAUAGGAUUACUAUUAUUUUGGAAACAGCUAAAUUCAAUGCAAAAUCAUGCUUCCAGUUAUUCGUUGACUGACGCCAAGUACAAAAACUUCAACUGCUUUUUUUAAUUUUCUUGAGGGAAAACAUAGGAUAAAAUUAGGGUAAUUGUCAAAGCUCCGUUGUACAUAAUUGAUGAUGUUAAGUCAGUGAAAGCCGUCGGUGACGGUUUUGUUAUUUUUAAAAAGAAUGAAUUUGCGCAUAAGAUAUUAGUUUUAAUCCCAACGAGAUCUAAGGCUCUUACGAUCUUCUCGACAAGAAAUUAUAUGGAUAUAUUAUAUUGACUAAUAGAUUAUAUGAUUAUAUGAAGUAAAGUGCGUGCGCUUGAAUAGCGCUCAUGUCCUGUAUGUACCUUUCUACAGAUUGUAGAUUUAUUGCCAAGUGGUCUUUUUUUUCUCUUGAAUUUUAAUAUUUUAAAAUUCAAUAAAACCAAGUGAUUCCUAACAAUUAAA